AAGGAAGAUACUUUAGUAUCAAACUUGCCUCAUGAAUCAUGAUUGAUGUCGAAAAUGUAUAUGUUUUGCUUGAAUUGCAGUAGGUCGCAUUACCUACUGGGAAAGUGUUCCUUAUAUAUUAAGGAUGCCCCUCCUCUAGCAAGCUAUCAAAUUGAAUUGGCAGUACAUCUUCAAUCCUCUCCCUAGCUCUCUUGUCAUCUCCAUUUCAAAUCGAAAACUUCGUCUUGGUUUAACAUCUUAAUGAAGUUUUCGGAUUUGCUUUCAUUAUCACCAUCUAAUAUCCUAAGAUGGACUCCUACUGCAAGUCCAAGUAGUUCACCAGUAGUACCGCCACCAGUUUUUAGUCCUGAAAUAAGUAGCUUUGCACAUCAUGAUCAAGUAGAAGAUGAAUCUUUUGUGAGUCCUGCUCACCAUCAGCAGCAGCAACAGCAGCUAGAUAAUUAUGUUGAAGAACCUGCUAAAAACGAUAAUGUUGUUAAUUCUUUAAGAGUCAGUGGCCAUCGAUCGAGCAAGAAAAAAAAAUCAGAAGAAAACAAGAGUUCGUUUGUAAUAGAAAUAGAACCAAAAUCUGAAGGUAGAACUGUUGUGUUGACAUGGGAAGAUUUAUGCGUUCGUGUACCUUCAUCGAGUAGCAAGGACAACGAUAAAGCUAUCAUUGAAGGGCUAAAUGGGUAUGCUCAACCUGGUGAGAUCUUAGCUAUUAUGGGUCCUUCUGGUUCUGGAAAAUCAACUCUUCUUGAUGCAUUAGCAGGGAGAUUGGCCUCAAACACAAGGCAGUCGGGUCUGAUACAAGUAAAUGGUCGAAAACAAAGUCUUGCUUUUGGGACGUCGGCUUAUGUAACUCAAGAUGAUACAUUAACAAUGACAUUGACGGUCGAAGAAGCCGUAUACUACUCUGCUUUACUUCAAUUACCUGACUCUAUGACAACAUUGGAAAAGAAGGAGAGAGUAGAGACAACAAUAAAGGAUAUGGGACUGUAUGAAGCUCGGAAUACAAGAAUAGGAGGGUGGAGCGCCAAAGGGCUAAGCGGUGGACAAAAGCGAAGAGUGAGCAUUUGUAUAGAGAUUUUAACACGUCCAAAACUUCUGUUUCUGGACGAACCUACAAGCGGCCUUGAUAGUGCAGCAUCUUACCAUGUAAUGAAUAGAAUUGUGAAGCUUUCGCAACAAUAUAGAUUGACUGUUAUUGCAUCUAUUCAUCAACCGAGUAGUGAAGUCUUCAAUCUCUUCGACAAUCUUUGCCUACUUUCUUCUGGUAAAACAAUUUACUUUGGUCCUGUUUCUGCAGCAAGUGAGUUUUUUGCAUUGAAUGGAUUCCCUUGCCCAACUAUAGGAAACCCAUCAGAUCAUUACCUGAGAACUAUCAACAAAGACUUUGAUCAAGACAUCGAACAAGCAACUGGUGGUGAAGUAAUAACAACAACUGAGGAAGCAAUUUAUAAACUUGUGGACUCAUACAAUUCAUCACCAGUCCUCCAACAAGUCAAACAACGAGUAUCGAGUUUAUGCAAAGGGGAAGGAAGUAUCUUAGAAAAAGGAAGCCAAGCCAGCUUCUUAACACAAUCAGUUGUUCUUACAAGAAGGUCUUUCGUGAACAUGUACCGGGAUUUAGGCUAUUACUGGAUACGGUUGGUAGCUUACAUUGGACUAGGUGUUUGUAUUGGUUCUAUAUUUUUCAGCAUUGGCGGCAGUUUUGGUUCAAUUCAGGCCAGAGGCUCAGUACUUUUGUUUGUAGUUUCAUUCUUAACUUUCAUGGCAAUUGGGGGAUUCCCUUCUUUCGUGGAGGACAUGAAGAUCUUCGGACGAGAAAGAUUAAAUGGUCAUUACGGUGUUACAGCAUUUGUUGUGGGAAAUACACUAUCUUCAAUUCCAUACUUGCUCAUGAUCUCACUGAUACCAGCAGUCUUUGCUUAUUACCUAGUUGGUCUCCACAAAGGAUAUGAACAUUUUCUCUUCUUUGCUUUAUUACUUUUCAUUUGCAUGAUGUUGGUUGAGAGCUUAAUGAUGGUUGUUGCAAGUAUAGUACCCGAUUUUCUGAUGGGUGUUAUUGUCGGAGCUGGAAUUCAAGGGGCCAUGAUACUAAAUGCUGGAUUCUUCAGGCUACCAAAUGAUCUUCCAAAACCAUUGUGGAAAUACCCAAUGUACUACAUUUCCUUUCACCGGUACGCAAACGAAGGGUUCUACAAAAACGAAUUCCAAGGACUUCAGUUCCCUAAUAAUCAAGUAGGAGGAUCAUUAACGAUGAGCGGUGAAGAAGUUUUGAAAAAUAUUUGGCAAAUGCCAACGGGCUACUCAAAAUGGGUUGAUCUUGCUGUUCUAUCUGGAAUGGUGGUUCUAUAUAGACUAAUAUUUUUUAGCAUUAUCAAGUUGUCUGAAAAAAAAAAAUCCUCGAGUUGUCUGAAAUGAUGCAAUCCAUUGUAAGACAACGCAGUGUUCUAAAUGCAUUAUGUGUUUUUGUUUUUCUAUUCAUUAAAACAAGACGGCGAUUAGUGCAACUUUUCUCUUGGAAAAGUAUAAACAUAACGUUCUGAAGUCUUUUAGAGCUCA